AUGGAAAAGUUGAGACCCAAAAUAAGUCAAGUCGUACAAGGUGAGUCUGUGAAGUCCUUUAAGUCCCAAACCCUCAAGGAUUCUCAUUCAAAGUCCCUCAAUGUGGUGGAGGAACUGGAGAGCAUUUACGAGAUGUCGGAGCUCCUCAUUUCAAGCUUGAAGAAGGAAGCGCAAGCCUUGACCCCCGCCCAGGUCUACCCCACUUCUUGUCUCAGUUCCGGAGAAGCUGGUGACCAGGUCACCGUCAAGGUGCCAGGACAAAGCCCCUUCCCCGUCUUCUGCGACAAUCAGCUAGCUGGUCCUGGCUGGCUGGUGAUCCAGCGCCGGCUUAACGGCAGCCUGAGCUUCUUCCGCCACUGGGAAGAGUACAAAGAAGGGUUCGGUAGCCUCGAGGGAGAGUUCUUCCUGGGCCUGGAGAAGAUUCGGGGCCUGACUGCCCUGGAGCCUCACGAACUGUACGUCCAUCUGGAGGACUUCCAAGGAACCAAGAAGCAUGCCAAGUUCGACGAGUUCGCCAUUGGAAGCGCGGAGGACGACUACGCCAUGAACGUCCUGGGAAAGUAUUCCGGAACGGCGGGCGACUCCCUGCGCUCCCAUCGGAAAAUGAAGUUCUCCACCUACGACAGGGACAACGACAAGGAGUUCAACAAAAACUGCGCCUUCUACUACCUGGGCGGGUGGUGGUACAACGCCUGCCUGGACAGCAACCUUAAUGGGCAGUACGUGCCGGGGGGGCAGUACGAGGAGAAGCUGUUCGCCCGGGGCAUGUGCUGGCGUUCCUGGCGCGGCCACAACUACGGCUACAAGAUCACCCAAAUGAUGAUACGGCCCAAGUGCCGAAACGUACCAGUACCAGUACCAGUGACUCAGACGUGA